CUUAUAGAACUGUGUCGGGUGUGAAUGGUCCCCUGGUUAUCUUGGAUCAAGUUAAGUUUCCCAGGUACGCAGAGAUUGUUCACUUGACUCUUCCUGAUGGCACAAGAAGAAGUGGGCAGGUCCUGGAAGUCAGUGGCUCCAAAGCUGUGGUUCAGGUAUUUGAAGGAACUUCAGGUAUUGAUGCUAAGAAAACAUCUUGUGAGUUUACCGGGGAUAUUCUUCGAACCCCUGUCUCUGAGGAUAUGCUUGGCAGAGUAUUUAAUGGAUCAGGAAAACCUAUAGACAGAGGCCCCAUUGUUUUGGCUGAAGACUUCCUUGACAUAAUGGGUCAGCCCAUUAACCCCCAGUGUCGUAUCUAUCCGGAGGAAAUGAUUCAGACUGGCAUUUCUGCUAUAGAUGGCAUGAACAGUAUUGCCAGGGGUCAGAAAAUCCCCAUAUUCUCAGCUGCUGGGUUGCCCCACAAUGAGAUUGCAGCUCAGAUAUGUCGCCAAGCUGGCUUGGUGAAGAAAUCCAAAGAUGUGAUGGACUACAGCGAAGAAAACUUUGCCAUUGUAUUUGCUGCUAUGGGUGUGAACAUGGAAACCGCUCGGUUCUUCAAAUCGGACUUUGAGGAAAACGGGUCCAUGGACAACGUGUGUCUGUUCCUGAACUUGGCCAACGAUCCAACCAUCGAGCGCAUUAUCACACCUCGUCUAGCUCUCACAACAGCAGAGUUCCUGGCGUAUCAGUGUGAGAAGCAUGUGUUGGUCAUUCUGACAGACAUGAGCUCCUACGCGGAAGCUCUGCGAGAGGUUUCAGCAGCCCGAGAGGAGGUGCCUGGCCGUCGUGGUUUCCCGGGUUACAUGUACACAGACUUGGCGACUAUCUAUGAGCGUGCUGGGCGUGUGGAAGGCAGAAAUGGUUCCAUUACUCAGAUUCCUAUUCUUACCAUGCCCAACGAUGAUAUUACUCAUCCUAUCCCUGACUUGACUGGAUACAUCACUGAGGGACAAAUCUAUGUGGACAGGCAGCUGCAUAACAGACAGGUUUACCCCCCUAUUAACGUCUUGCCCUCCUUGUCUCGACUGAUGAAGUCCGCUAUUGGAGAGGGUAUGACCAGGAAGGAUCAUGCUGAUGUAUCCAACCAGCUGUACGCCUGCUAUGCCAUCGGGAAGGAUGUGCAGGCUAUGAAGGCUGUUGUUGGGGAGGAAGCUCUUACCUCAGACGAUCUUCUUUAUCUGGAGUUUCUGCAGAAGUUUGAGAAGAACUUCAUUGCUCAGGGUCCUUACGAGAAUCGCACUGUUUACGAGACGUUGGACAUCGGAUGGCAGCUUUUGCGAAUUUUCCCCAAGGAGAUGUUGAAGAGAAUUCCUCAGACCACGCUGGCUGAAUUCUAUCCUCGAGAUUCGACCACAAAACACUAGCCCCAGCUUCAUCUCUAACUCCUUGCUCUGUGAAAUGCUGUUCGUUUCCUUUUUUCAUGUGUUGGUGUUUACUUGUCGCCCUUCCGAUUAAAACCAAGAAUAGGUGACGUUUGUGCCAGUGUUCCAAUGUACACUGAUACCAGUUUUUAAAAUAUCCCUUCUUUCAAAGCCUGUAUCUUCAGGAAAAUAUUUAGGCCAGCUCUUACAAAUGUGCAAUAGCUGUCGCAAAGCUUGUGGGGUUUUUUUUGGGUUUUUUUUUUCAACUGGACCUUUUGUAGACAUU